CGAUGGCAGACGUGGGUCCCCCGGAUUUGGCUCUGAAGGCCUUAGAUGAAGAGACGCUGUGGGAAAUGCUGGAGGGGCACCGGUACAAGAUCGUCCGCUUCGUCAGCCCCAGCCGCCUCACCCCCUACCUGCGCCAGGCCAAGGUGCUGGACCAGCUGGACGAAGAAGAGGUCCUGCACAACCCCAAGUUCACUAACAACGCCAUGAGAGUAGGGUACCUGUUGGACCUGCUGAAGACGCGGGGGAAGAACGGGGCCGUGGCCUUCCUGGAGAGCCUGAAGCUCCACAACCCCGACAUAUACACGCUGGUCACCGGCCUGGAGGCCUCCAUCGACUUCAGCAACUUUAGCGGCCUCAUCGAGACGUCGAAGCUGACCGAGUGCCUGGCCGGGGCCAUCAACAGCCUGCAGCAGGAGCUGAGCCAGGAGAAACGGCAGAACCUGACGCUGCUGCACCACUGCCGCAAGCUGAAGGAGCAGGUCUGCCAGCUCGGGGCCCAGAACCAGAGCCUGCAGGGCAUCGAGGCGGAGCACAACCGCAUGAAGCGUGAGGUCAGCACCCAGUUCCACGAGGUGCUCAAGCUGAAGGACGAGAUGUACAACCUGUCCAUGCGCUACACCAGCGCCCUGCAGGACAAAGACCUGGCCAUCACCCGCUGCCAGGGCCUGCAGGAAGAGCUGUACCUGACCAAGCAGGAGCUCCAGCGGUUGAAGCUGGCCUCGUCCUGCGAGCGGGACUUCCGGGAGCGUACCCUGUGGCUGGACGGCGAGGACCCGGACGCCCACGGCAGAGAGCUGGUCAGGCUCAAGGAGGAGAACACCAAACUCAAGUCGCUGACCUUCAGCUUGGUGGAGAAGGACAUCUUGGAGCAGUCCCUGGAUGAGGCCCAGGAGAGUAAGCAGCAGCUGGUGGACCGCAUACAUUCUCUGCGGGAGCGAGCCACCACAGCUGAGAAACAACGCAAGCAGUACUGGGAGGAGAAGGAGAAGACCCUAUUAGAGUUUCAGAAAACCAAGGUGGACUGUGAGAUUUACAAGGAGAAGAUGAACGCUCUGCAGAGCCAGGUGAUGGAGCUGCAGAAGGAGCGGGACCAGGCUUACGCGGCCCGGGACGGGGCUCAGAUGGAGAUCGCCCAGAGCCUGACGGAGAAGGACUCCCUCCGCCGGAAGGUGUUUGAGCUGACGGACGAGGUCUGCGAGCUGCGGAAACAGCUGCGCAAGGAACAGCGCUGCGAGGCACAUGGCGGAGCCAAGCAGGAACAGCAGCAGCAGCUUCAGCCUUCCCGGAGAGGGAAGCAGCGGCUGAUACGAAUGCAUGCCCUGUGUCCCAGAGAGGACAGUGACUUCAGCUUCCUGAGCCCAGCAGAGGCCUGGUCCGACCCGGGGGCCCCCCCGAGCCGGGAUGGGGCCGACAGCUUCCGCUCCAGCAGUCCGCUGCCCCCCUGCAAGGACUCUCUGUACAAGCGGCUCACCCUCGACUUCCUGGAGGACGCCUCGUCCACCAGCUCCCAGGAGUUCCCAGACGGGGAUGGCGGUGGCGGCCCCCCCUCGGGGGAGAAGGACGAGCCGGAGUUGGACUACGAGAUAGUGGAUAAUAGAGGCCUGUCCGAGUCGGACAGCAGCUGGCAGCCCAUCGGCCCAGACCUCAGCCUGUCGGAAAGCAGUGCCCCGGUGCGGCGGCGGUGGCCGGCCCGGAGGAUCCUGAGUCAGGUGACGGUCCUGGCCUUCCAGGGGGACGCCCUGCUGGACCAGAUCAGCGUCAUCGGUGGCAACCACACCGGCAUCUUCAUUCACCGCGUCACCCCGGGCUCCCCCGCCGACCAGAUGGCCCUGCGCCCCGGCACCCAGAUCCUCGUGGUGGACUACGAUGCCGUGGACCCCAUGUCCAAGGCCGUGCUGGAGGACACAACCCUGGAACAGGCAGUCGGGCUCCUCAAGAGGGUGAACGGCUUCUGCUUCCUGUCCGUGAAGGUCAACAUGGAGGGCUACAGGAAGCUGGUCCAGGACAUGGAGAGCGGAGCGGCCACCUCGGGGGACUCGUUCUACAUCCGCGUGAACCUGGCCAUGGAGGGGAAGGCCGGCAGGCAGCUGCGGGUGCAGUGCAACGACAUCCUGCACGUCACCGAUACCGUGUACCGGGGCCGGAGCUCCUGGCACGCCCACCAGGUCAACCCGUACACCAUGAGGGACACGGACCACGGCCCCAUCCCCAACUACUCCCAGGCUCAGCAGCACCUCAUCACGGUCAUCCAGGACAUGACUCAGCCCAGCACAGUCACCCGUAAGCCAUCCGGGAGCCAACAGAAGCUGGUGCGGAUCGUCAGCGCGGACAAGACCGCGGGCAACCCCCUGUGGCUGUCAUUCGACGGGGGCCAGGCCGAGCCACGCAAGCCAGAAGGUGCAGGACCCCCUCACUCUCCCAUGGUGUGUUUCUGGGCAGAGAGCUGUUUCACCCUGAUGCCUUACACCCUGGUGAAGCCCCGCAAGCUGACCCGGCCCCGGCCCGUGCUCUUCGUGCCCACGGUGCUCGGCAGGAUCCUGAGCGAGAAGCUGAGCCUGGUCGGGGGCUUCGAGAAAUGCCCAGCAGGCCACUUGAGCCCCGUGGAGCGAGCGGCCAGGAGAGAGACGGGGGAUCUCAUCCUGGAGAAAGAGGGUCCCAACGGUCACUGCUUUGUCACCCGCCAGGCCAUCGAGGCCCUCAUGGAGAAGGGCACUCACUGCCUCCUGGACUUGGGGCUGGACUGCGUGCGGACCCUGCUCGCGGCCGAGAUCUUCCCCAUCGUCAUCCACAUCCCCGUCGGCGACAAGAACGCCAAGAAACUCAAGAAGGCGGUGCAGCGGGUGGGGGCCACGGAGGAGCAGGUCCUGGAGGCGGCCAAGAGGGCGGAGAUGGAGCUGGAGGGCCUGCCCUGCCUGCACCGCACCCUGGCCCCCGACGCCUGGAGCGACACCGACUCGCUGCUGGGCUGCGUGCGGGCCGCCGUCUCCGACGAGCAGAGGAAGGUCGUGUGGCUGGAGCAAGGGCCCCGAUGACGCCCACCCCCAUCCCUUCAUUCCCAAAUGGACCCCUCCCCUUUCCUCUUCUCCCACCACCACCCCACCCUGGGUUAUGUUCUCCCAGUUCACUAUGGGUUGGAGGAAGAGAGGGUCAUGGGCAUGGGGAGUGGCCUCUCCCGAAGGCGUUCUGGGAAGCCGCCCUAUGCCCGGAGCCUUCUUGUCACCACAUCUGCACACAUUUCUGCUCCCGUUGGUGGGAGAACGCUCCCCGGCUGUCUGGGUCGGGGCACACACCUCCACCCACCCCCCACUCCUUCUCAGCUCCCGAGCUGAGACCCCCCCCCGCCCACCAAGUAGGGAAGGGGCUGACGGAAGAAUCGGUGCCAGACGUGAGUCUAGAGGACCCUGGGAAACGACGGGGUAGGGCCUGUCCCUGGGCCUGUACCUGCCCCCGGCGAGGCCCGUUGGCGAGAGCCCCGGACCCGGCCUCACUUCCUACCUCAGUUUCCCCACACGGAGUCCGGGACAGGAGGAAAACGGAGGUUGAGUCGUGGGGCCUCUCCACGCACGGUGGAGGCCGGUUGGGGGCUGCCGUCCUUAGGCGGAUGUAAAUUCUGUACAUGGCGCUAAAUUAAAGAGAUUCUUUUAUAA